UCUGACAAUCAGCAGCAUCAACGAAACGAGCCAGUCAUUUUUUCUGAAAAAAAAAUUCAUCAGAUCCCUCGUGAGAACAUACCAAUGGUUCGUCAAACGCCAAAACUCACAAGCCAAAAUCUCAUUGAUCUGCCACUGGAUAUUAGGCGAUCAACCAGGGGAUCUUCCUCAAAAUCAGCGAAAAAAGUAACAAAAACGACCAACCCAAAAGUUAUCCCUGAGAGUUCAAGCUCAUCAUCCUGUCCUUCGACUCCGAAGACUCGUCCAUCAAAUCAAGUGACCGACUCCUCAUCAUCAAUGACUCCCUCUCUAUCAAAAAGACUUCCAAAACGUAAACCUAAAACAACUCGAGUAAUACUCUCAGACGAUUCUGAUGAAGCCCAGGAUCAGCUUCUAAAAUCGUCACAUUGUCAUGGGGGAGAAAAGUUCAACAAUUUGGAUAAAAUUAAAACCACGGAUAUCGAACGUGGGCUAACUUAUGAAUUGAAAGAAUUUGUCAAAGCACAAUUGGGAGAAAUUAAGAUUGAACUUUCAAAGAAAAUCACAUCUGCUAAGGUGAGCAUAUUAUACAACUUGGACCAAAAAAUGAACGAGCUAAAGCUUACAGUACUGGCACAAAAUAUUCCACAAGCGCCACAAGUUUCCCUCCAUCAAUUAAUGACGGCUGUGGACACCAAAUUACCAAUUGAAACGCUGGAUGACUUUUUACAGUUUGAGGAGCAACUAAAAAAUGAUGACAAGAAGAAAUUCGCUUUGACGGCGUUAUUCAACUGCCUAUGUUUUACUCACCCAACAGUGAAAGCAUGUAUCAAUCACGUUUUGCCUCAAAUUAUGAAAAAAGCAGUACAGUCUCAGUAUUCAGGAAUCGGCAGGAAGGUCAAAGGUCAUGGAAAACUUGAUUUCAGCGCCACGUCCACAUUCGAUUGCUUUCAAGAUCCUAUUAGUAGCAAGUUCAAAAACCCGAAUGAAGUUGGAAAAUUAUCGAAGCAAGUUGGUAAUUGGCUGGUACACUUUGGUGAUCGAGAGGGAGGUCGCGCUGAUCGUUCAAAUAUGAAUGCAUAAUGCAACAUGCAUAACAACAUCCUAUUCAAUAGGUUCUAUUAGUUGUGAGGUGAUUCAAGGUAUAAAUGAACACAUUUGAUAGCUAUUCAAUAAUUGCAUUUGUCUACUUAUGCCUACAUGCCUCGCAUAGAAAAUAUCGUUAACUGAUUCAUUAUUUUAUAGAUUCAUGUAUUACAGUAAUAUUGGAGAUUCUUAUCCAGAAAUUUAAAAACAAACUUUCAUAUCGUUGAGGUUGAAAAAUUAUUUACUCAUUAUUAAUAUAAUAAAAAGUUUUCUGGGUUUUGUUAUGAUCUAUUCUAAGGCAUAACUCUCUUGCAUAAUAUUGCAUACACAAAAAUAAGAAGAAACAAAAUUGAUCCCUAAUAUUUGAGCAGAGAAUAAAUUAAAUACUUAGUAUUGAGAAGACAAUAUGAUGAGUGUAAUAAUUGUUUACAUCAAAUUUCUCAGUUGGUCAUAAAUGCAAAACGUAAGAGACAUACUUUUACAUAUUGUUGAACUAUCGUUUUCAAGUUAUAUUAUUAAAAAUAAGAAUCAUUCGUAAAAAGCAGCUAAGUUGCUGCAGUUUUUGAGAGUAAUUUGUUUGGU